AUGCCCCGACACACCACCACCUCCCGUAGCAGGAGCACCAACAGCCGCCAGUCCUCUUCGUCGUCUUCCUCGGCCCAGGCCAGGGCUGAUGACUCCCAUCUGCAGCAGGACGUCGCCCUCCAGCCCCUAACCUCCACGUCCUCCUCCACUGCCCGGUCCACUGUCUCACCCUCGCACGCCUGGGGGGCACCUUACCCGCCUGAUCCGUCUCUCGAUCAAGGUCAAGGUCAAGUCCAGGGCCAAGGCCAUGUAUUGCCGCCGUACCAGGCUCCGGCCGUUGGCGAUUCACAGACACUAUUAACUACCGCUUCCGCCGCCGCCCCGGCCGUUGCUCCUUCCCCCGUCCUCCUCCGCGACCAACAUGCCGGCCAGCCCUCGUCCGCUUCAGUUUCACAACUUGAACCUCCUGUCGCCGCCGUAACUCCUGCCCUUGAGCUUCAGCCCUUCGUUGCUGUUACUGCUGCCGCCGCCGACGACGACUCAGACCAAGAAGCCCUAGAUGCCUCUGACCUUGGCUUCCUUGCUCCUCAAACAACCGAGGGCACAUUAGAUAUGGCUUCCAAGAAGACGCCCUUCCUACGCUCGGCCGCCACCCGGCCCGACGCUGCUCCCUACGGCUCCGUCUCGCUAACACCCAGUCGCAACAAUUCGCCUGCUGGUAGUGAUCGCUGGGAUCCUGACGCCCACCAGCUUCGACAUGUCCCCGACACCAUGCGAAGCGAAACCUCUCGUACUUCUCGAACCUCUCGCCGUUCCACCCUUACCAAGCAGUCCUCGUCGAGGUUGUCGGAAGAGAUAGAUGGCGCUGUCCUCGUGUCCGGCCUCGAGGGCCGUCUGGGUGUGUCUGAGCCUGCGCCUGCUGGUGUUCUAGAAGAAAGCAUGAAGGACGACUAUUCCGAAGACGGGGCCUUGCUCGACGAUGCUUCCUCGACUGCCUCAGAAAGCGAAUACCAGGAAAACUCGCCCCAUGAAGCUGUUCGCGCCUCAGUUCCUCCCACCGACAACACCACCCUCUCCAUAAACACGCCGCGCAUGUGGUGUCUCUCUGUCCUCUUUUCUAUUCUCGGUUCCUCUACCAAUCUCUUCUUCUCAUUAAGAUACCCCAGUGUUGCUAUUACUCCAGUUAUUGCUUUGCUUCUUGUCCACCCCCUCGGACAUCUUUGGGAUUUCCUAUUAAAGCGCCCUUACGAUCCUGAAGAGGAGUUUGUCGAUGGCGUCCGGACGACGUCUAUUGCGGAGGAUGGUCAUAUUCAUCAUAAGACGAAAAUGAUAACAUCCUGGCGACGGUGGCUUGCUCAGGGGCGAUGGAACGAAAAGGAGCAUACUUGCGUCUACGUUAGCAGUAACGUCGCCUUUGGUUUCGCAUUUGCGACAGACGUCAUUGUCGAGCAGACUCAGUUCUACAACCAGGAAGCUCCAAUUGUUUACCAGCUGCUCCUCACCAUCUCGACCCAGAUCCUUGGAUACGGAUUCGCUGGUUUGACGCGCCGAUUCCUCGUUCGACCGAGCGGUAUGAUUUGGCCCGGUACCCUCAUGUCGGCUGCCAUGUUUUCGACGCUCCACAAACAGGAGAACAAGCCUGCUGGAGGCUGGACCAUCAGCAGGUGGAAGUUCUUCUACAUUGUCUGGACAGUUUCGUUCCUGUUCUACUUCCUCCCCGGCCUGCUGAUGCCAGCCCUGAGCUACUUCAACGUCAUUACAUGGUUUGCUCCCAAGAACGUUGUCAUUGCCAACCUCUUUGGCGUUUCGUCAGGCCUUGGACUAUUCCCCUUGACUUUUGACUGGGCGCAGGUCACCUAUGUCGGCUCUCCCCUCCUGGUUCCAUUCUGGGCUGCCAUGAACGUCAUUGGAGGUUUGACUAUUGUCAUGUGGAUUAUCGCUCCAAUCCUCUACUACACCAACGUCCUGUACUCAUCUUACAUGCCAAUUCUAUCCGCUGCCGUGUUUGAUAACACAGGAAAGGUGUACGAUGUGAGCAAGAUUCUCACCCCCGACUUCCUCUUCAACCGAGAGGCAUACCAGAACUACAGCCGAGUCUUUCUUCCCAUCACCUAUGUGCUCAGCUACGGCGUUCAGUUUGCGGGUCUGGCUGCUCUCCUGACACACACAGCAUGCUGGCACGGCGCAGAUAUCUGGAGAUCUUGGAAGAAGGCGUUGGAAGAGGCUCGCGAGGAGGGAAAGCCAUCAUACCAACCAGUGUCGAACUCACCAGGGGCGCCACCAUCUCGACAGUCAACCGACGAUGAGUAUAGACGAAUGUCAACGUCUACGUCCAAUGUUGAUGGCCUCAUCAGCCGUGAGGAUAUUCACAGCAAGCUUAUGAAGAAAUACAAGGAUGCGCCGCUGAGCUGGUACUUGAUAACAUUCCUAUCCAUGACUGCUAUUGGCAUUUUCGUGGUCGAAUAUUAUCCUGUCCAUCUGCCAUGGUAUGGACUCCUCCUCGCACUCGCUAUUGGAGCCAUCUUCUUCAUCCCCAACGGUAUCAUCAUGGCUGUCACGAACCAGCACAGCAGCAUCUAUCUCAUUUGCCAGCUUAUCUGUGGUGUCGUCUUCCCUGGUCGACCCAUCGCAAACAUGGUGUUCGUCACGUACGGCUACAUCUCAUCAGCCCAGGGCAUCAAGUUCGCGUCUGAUCUCAAGCUGGGCCACUACAUGAAGAUCCCGCCCCGUAUUCUCUUCUCCGUCCAGCUCGUGGCGACACUCGUUUCCUCUCUGACGCAGAUCGGCGUUCUGAACUGGAUGUUUGCCAAUAUCAAGGGCAUCUGCACCUCAGAGGCUAUCAAUGGUUUCACCUGCCCCAUUGCUAGAGUUCACUUCAACGGCUCUAUCCUCUGGGGUGUUGUUGGUCCCAACGAGUUCUUUGGUCCCAAAGCCAUCUACCGCGCCCUGGUCUGGUUCUUCCCUCUUGGCGCCCUCCUCCCUAUCCCCCUCUGGCUCUACAGCCGACGCAAGCGCCAGAGCAUCCUCCGCAAGGUCAAUCUCCCCGUCAUCUUUGGCGCCAUGUCUUGGAUCCCUCCCGCGACGGGUCUCAACUUUUCCGUCUGGGUACUUGUCUGCUACGUCUUCAACUACGUCAUCAAGAACCGCCAUAACGCCUGGUGGAGCAAGUACACCAUGACUCUCAGCGCCGCUCUCGACUCUGGCCUUGCCUUUGGCAUCGUUGUUGUCUUUUUCGGCUUCAUCUACCCCGGCAUCACCAAGAACCUCAAGUGGUGGGGCACCGAGGUGUACAAGCAGGGAUGCGACUGGCAGGCUUGCUCGUAUAAUACUGUGCCGGAGGGCGAGCACUUUGGACCUACUACGUGGUGA